GAUUACGUCUCUGCUCGGGUUUAGUAAGGUAGAGACUCUCGGUCUGACCGGAUAAGCGUGUGUGCCAGUCGCGAUCUGAAGGGUCUGCUUAGGGAUCAACACGCGCUAUAAACACGAUCGUACCAAUCGGACUGUGAUGCUGUGUUCUUCUGCUGGCAAGGGCUCGAUUUAGAUGUUGAAAUAAAGCAAAGAGUUGGUUGAAAUCGGCGUCUUCCGUGUUUUAACUUGAGUGCGAGCAAAUUACAUGGUUUCAAAAUCAGUAGCAGCUACAAAAUUGCCAAACCCAGUGCACUUAUUGUGAAUUCUUGCGGGUCAGUGAGUCAAUCUGAAGGGAGAUUUUUUGUUGUUGUGUUCUGAUUGAGUGCUGAUUGCGAAGUGUUUAGAGAUAAUUAUAAGUUGUUUGAUUUUCAUUCGUUGUCUAUCGCCGGUGAUCUUGGAAGUCUGGGCCAGGGGCAGCUUUCAUUGCAAUUGCAAAAUGGGCAAAUUGCGGAAUAAAUCGUUACUAGCAGUGAUGGCGGUGGUGGUGAUUAGUACGAUUGGUUGUCAAGCGUAUCAGCAUUCCGGUAGUGAUUAUAGUGAAACCCUGACUCAGCAGCCGGAAAAGCGGUUAGUGCAUCGUCAUCACAGUCAUCACCAGCGUCAACAUCAGCAGCACCGAUUGAACUCGAUAUCCUUAGGUCACAGAAAUUCCUCUCGCUAUUCGCUAAUUGGACCCUCAAGUACCGGAAACGAUUACCCAGCAGCUCAACUGAUACAUAAUUAUCACCUACAUCAGUCAGCUGGCAACAUUGGCCAUCAACAGAAUGGUUGGCAUCACCACAGGACAUCGGCAUCGGAUCAUUCCAAUCAUCCACCAAGUAAUAGUAAUCAAGGUUUUCGGUGGAAACCUGCGGCUGUAGCUACCACAACAAGCCGUCCGAUCAAUUCCGCUGGCAACACGGCUGGUGUGCGACACGUGAAGCGCAUGCUAAAGCAUAACAACCAUCACCACAGGAAUAUGACCGGCAAAAACGUGUGCACCGAGAAGCGAAUCGUCCAAGUGCCCGUCUACAGGAAAUCGACCGUGAAACACUUUGUUCAGCCUUGUCUGGACCAGAAGCUGUGCACCGGCAUCCGUACCAACUACGAACCUACCUAUCAUUCGGUCAAAAAGGAAAUCUACAUCUGCUGCUCCGGUUGGAAAACCACAACCACAAUUGCCGAUGGUUGUCUGAGUCCCAUCUGCCGAUCCGAGUGCCGUAAUGGUGGUCGUUGUACCGCUCCAGACACCUGUAGCUGUCCGGCGGGGUUCACGGGAUCUCAGUGCGAGGAGGACAUCAACGAAUGCAAGCAGCACAAACCAUGCGAUCAAACGUGCUACAACACGGAAGGUUCGUACUAUUGCACCUGCCGGGACGGUUUCAUACUGCAAGCGGAUCGCCAGAGCUGCAGGAGGGAUGAAACAAUCAACGACGUUGCCAUCGAGGCGAGGGAUAUGGAAAACGAUGUCGAUUAUGACAGCCUGGAUACCCGGUUAACGAAACUGGAGAAGAUAAUCUUUAGUGAUGAUCGUAGAUCACAAUCGGAGAAUCAUGAGCUCAACAAGAAGGUUCAGUACGCGCUCGAUGCCGUUUCUGCGCUAAGAUCGCAAAUCUCUCGGCUGUCACAAAGGCUUUAUCCGACGGUAAACUACGGGACUAGACUCAACUGAUCGGACGGAGUGAGUGAACGCAAUUUAAAUGAUUGCAUAUUGCAUAGGUUGUUAGGCUCGCUACUCUCUGACGUAGGAUGUAUUUAUUGUAAUUAUUUGUAGGCAGUUUCUCUUUUAAAUAAGAUUAUAACCAAAUGUGUUUCGGCAAUAAGAGUCCCACCGUGUGAGAUAAUAAUGCUGCCAUCGAACAUUGAGCGAUCGUGAACAGGAACCAAAAAGUGAGAAAUGGAUAUCAUAGUAUGUCUGUAGGAAAUCAAUAACUGUAGUACCAGUGCAAACCGAUCCGGGAUUGAAUAUUUUCUUUAGACACUAAAGAAAAAAAUACUAUAUUUAUUGUCCUUACAUAUCUAAGAGCAGACGUGAGUAAAAGGAAAAAUAAAUGUAACGGUUCAAAUGGAAAAAAAAUCCGAAAAAAUUUCCUCGAAUUAUCUUGACUACAAGCUAGUGAUAAGUUUGUGUGAAGAAACGUAAAACAA